AAAUGGAUUUAGUGCGCAUGCGCUUAUAAACGCCAAAGAUGGCUUCUUCUCUGAAUGACUUGAAUCAAAUAAAGGAUCAGAUCAAUAAAGCCCUAGGUGAUGCUUCAAUUGUCGUAAAAAUAUCCUCUGGGCUUGUGUGUUUAUUUUAUGUUCUUGGCUAUAUUCCACACGUCUACAACUUCUUAGCUAUUACUCCUGGCUCACUCAUACCUCCAAAAUUCAAAAUAUGGACUCUCUUGACUGGAGGAUUUAUUGAAUUUAGAAUAUGGAACGUUAUUGCUGAUGUUAUAGUGCUUGUUUCAUGUGGACAAAUUCUUGAGCCUCUUUGGGGAGCUCUUGAGUUCUUGAAAUAUGUGGCGAUCUUAAACGUGGGCACAUCCUUGAUUGGUUCUGGUCUGUGCUUAUUAUAUUGCCUGAUAACAAAUAAUAUUGAUGUUUGGUUUCUAACAUUCAGUGGAAUGAAUGGUAUUCUUGCUGGUAUUACCGUAGCUUUGAAACAAUCUGUACCAGAGACAGAAAUCAAGCUUUUUGUAAUAAGUAUCAAACUCAAAUACCUACCAUCUCUCAUGGUAUUGUGUAGCAUACCAUUGUGUAUCAUUAACCUGUUACCCCUCAUCAAUGUUAUUCUUACCAUCACUGGUGUGAUGCUUGGCUGGAUCUAUUUACGUUUUUAUCAACAAAAAGGGAAAGCUGGUAAAGGAGAUAUGAGAGAUGGCUUUGCAUUCGCUACAUUCUUUCCUGAGCCAUUCCAAUCACCAAUAUCAACCAUUGCCAAUUUAAUAUUUAACUGGCUUGUCAAAUUUAACAUUUGUUCAAAACCAAUUCGAACAUAUGAUGUUGGGGCCCCAUCAGCAAUAACCAUUAGUCUUCCAGGAAUGGAUCCUGCUGAUGCUGAAAGAAGAAGACAGAAGGCAUUGAAAGCUUUGAAUGAACGAAUGAGUAAAUUAGAGCAACCAUCAAGCUGGCCUAGUCUUGUUGAACCUACCGAAGAUAUACAAAAUGGAGAUAUUGAAGUGAUAGAAGAGUCCGAUAUAGUUGUGGUUGAGCAUAAGGAUCAUGAUGAAAAAUCAUCUGAUGAUAAUGCAACUGCCGAGAUAACAUAAAGUAUUUACUGGAUUUGAAAUGAAAAUUCGAUAUUGCAUUAUCAUUUUUAUUUAAUGGGAAAGCAUCGCAGAGUUUUACUAAAAUGUUGAGACAUUUCUGAUCAAAUGCAAUGAAAUUGCAUGUAUUUGCUAUGCAUGUUAGAUUUUGUGAGGAUAUUUACUUGCUCAUCAAUGCCUCUCACAGCAUUAAUUAUUAAUAUAUAUGGCAUUUGUCAAUACCUGAAACCAUCUGAUGAACUAAGAACUGUAAAUACAGUAAUGGUUAUGUUCUUUUGGACAUAGCCAACAAAAUAACAAGAGGUAAAAUAAUCUA